CGCGCUCCCCGGAUCCGCCGAGGCGGCGACGCGGGCACAUCCCGCGGCGCCGGGCGCUGUCUCCCUGCCGCCUCCCCUCAGGGCUCCCCGCCCAGGAGCCCACCGCGCAGGGGGCAGCCGGCGGGGCAGAGCGGCGGCGCUGCCCGGCGGAGCACCAUGCUGGAGUCCAUCUGUGUCACCGAAAAACUUCACUGGCCUAAGACAGAGCUUUCUAGGAAAUCACUCCUGAGUCUGGAAGUUCAUAAGCUGAACAUUAAUAAUGAAAACAGCCUCCAGCAUCCACCUUCUGGGAUCCUUAAGGACAUUUUCACAACAGGAACCAGUAGCUACAACGUCCUUCUGCAGAGCAAAGAGGAGAAGAAACACCACACACAAAAGCAGUCAUCCGCCCACCACAAGAAACACAGGAAAACCACCCGGUGUUCGUCCACCUCGCGGGGCAGCGAGCACCGCAGAAUCAAGGUGCCGCUGCCCUUGCUGGGCGGCGGGUGGUGCUGCCCCGGCCGGCAGCCGCCCCUCCUGGUCACUGGCCCCGGGGCCACCAGCGUGAGGUUUGCCGGCGGCGCCUCGGCCGCAGGGAGCGCCGCGGGGCUGCCCCCGCGGCCCAGAAGUCGAACUAAAAAGCAUUCUAAUCUGACAAAGCCAAAGCAAUCCCAGUCCUCAAAAAGCCACGGGAAGGAAGGCGAUGCCUCUGGCCAAAAACUCUGCUUACUGGCUGCAAUCAAGCCCUCCAAUGUGGAGAAAGAGAAGGUUAAAUUUUUCAACUCAGAUUUCACGUACAAUCCUCAAUUUCAGUAUGAAAACCCUGCUCUGCCAAAUGUGUUAGCUAAGCACAGCCAUGCAUCUGACAGAUUUCUUAAGCAGUCCAUUAAUAUUAUGAAGCGGACAUUGCAGAAAUAUGGAAGCUACGAAAAAUUUGAACAGGCCACUGGAGGCAGCUUGCUGACCAAAAGUCGCAUCUGGAAUCACGUCAGGAAAUACAUGGUGAAAGAAGGCUGUCUUGGUGAGAUUGUGGUCCAUCUCACGGAGGACCUGCUGUCGCGAGCCUCCAUGACCGUGGUGAACGGCCGCCCCACUCUCACUAUCAAUGUCUCCACUGCGCGAGAGCACUGGCUGGAGGGGAUGCUGAGGCACGAAAUUGGAACUCACUACUUUCGGGGUUUUAACAACAACAGCCAGCCUUGGUGCAACCGGAAUGGUCGUAGAAAACACGGGUUAAAACCAAUCAACCCUACAGAAGAGGGGCUAGCGAGCAUUCACAGCGUCCUGUUCCGCAAAGACCCUUUUCUUUGGAGAGCUGCCCUGCUCUACUACACAGUGUACCAGGCCAGCCAAAUGUCCUUCAGUCAGCUUUUCCAGGACGUGGGGAAAUUUGUCAAGGACCCCAAUACUAGGUGGGAUUACUGCGUACGGGCCAAGAGAGGGUGGACUGACACUUCACAACCAGGCUGUUUCAAUAAGGACCAGGUGUACUUGGAUGGCAUCCUCCGAAUCCUGAGAUACAGGGAGUCCAUUGAUUUCCAUCUUCUGACAGCUCUUGGAAAGAUCUCGUAUGAGGAUGUGGAUCGCCUGAAAGGAUUAGCUGUGAUUGAAAACAUGAGGGUGCCACACUUCUUGCAAGACCAUGCCCGGUACAUGGAACACUUGAAAAAGAUCAUGGAAGUCAAUGAGCUGACUGAUGAGGAGCUCCAGGAUCUCAUAAAUUAACAGUAUUAGACCACUAUUCACUUACUGUGCAACAAUGUAGAGCUGAACUUCCCAGAGCUUGCAAGAAGGGACUUAUGAGAGAUGGGAGGGAAGAGUGGCCAGAAUAUGUGGAAUUCAGAAAAAGCCCCUUUAUGUCCUUCUGCAUUGUGAUUGUAUACUGAUUAUUUUUAAAAGGGAUUGUGCAUUUUUGUAAAAUUUGGCUUAGAAAUUCCUCUGCAGUGAUUUGUCCAAUCAUCUACUCUGUUUUGUAUGCUUGGUAUAGUGCUGAGCGCUGUCUCUUGUAAUAUAUUGCCUUUUCCCACCCAGGUUCAGAGCUGGAGGAAAGGGGACAGAGGAGAAAUUCCCCCUCAGUUCACUUUUGUUUGCCUUAUCUUUGGUCAUAGCUGUCAUGGUUCAUAGCAAUAGAACUGGGGUAGACUAUGCUGCACUGCUGUCUGCAUAACUUUCCCAUUUAGUCAUCAUUGCAAUGAAAACAGAAAGUUUAAAAACAGUGCACAGAAGCAGGUCUUUGUGCCACAGCAUCAAAGUCCAUAAUGUUACAAAAAGUUUCAGGGUUUUUUUUAAGGAGAGAAUUAUCAUUUAAAAAAAAAGAGAAAAAAAGGUAGGGGUUGCUGUUUUAAUGACUGUAAACAGGUAGCAAAGCUUUCCCCUUCAUUCCCAUGAAUUACACCAUUCCACAUCUUUAUGUGUAUAGUACAUGUUUCAGGAAGCUGAAUUCUGGGAAUGGCCUCCCUCCUUUGAGAGCAAGCAUAGUCUGUCUAGGAAAUUCAGCAUGGUAGCGUUUUGGAAGGAGGAUUGAGCAAAACUGUGAUUUCAUGACCUAUGGUUCAAAAUAAAUUCAGGAACACAGGGCCAUGAUCCAGCACAGCAGGCAACACUCACUUCUUUGUUGGGUCACCUGAGCCUACAGAGGACCAGGUCACAUUUUUGAGCAGUACCCCCACAUUACAGCAAGCUUGAGCUUGCAGAGCUCAUUUCAGAAACAAGAUGUGACUGUUUCAGAAACAAGAUGUGACUGGGGGAGAGAAGACGACUCUCAAGUGCCCUAUUCCUGUGUUCCAACAGAAGUGCUGCACCACUCUGAACCAUCUUUACCUCUGUUCUAACUACUGGUGCUAUAUCCAAGACAAAGGAGAGAAAGCUCCUUACAGCAAGGAGCUUUCUCUAGUCAUAUGAUGAAUAACUUAGAUGAUGCAGGACGACUUACUACAUAAACUACAUUUUCUGAUUCUGGAGUAUUAUGGAAUUGCUGAGGCAAAGUAUUUAAGUAUUCUGACAAAGGGUUUUGUUUUAGUAGACAGCAUUUUACUAGGGCUCCUCUGAACUCCUGGGAAGCAGCUGUGGUUGGAGAGGCUGGGCAGGAACUAGUGGGAGCCUUUGGACAGGGCUUCUGCCCCUUCUUACCCUGCUGCUUUGCCCACUGGUAACAGGCCUGGCAUAGGAUAAGGUGAGUAGAUGGAGCCAAGGCUUCCUCCACGCCAUGUUUGCAUGGACCUGAGCCACAGUAUCCCCCCUCCCCUUAUCCUGUUCUUUAAUGAAACAAAUGGAACCUUGUCUUACACCCAGGACAUUACCAGACAUUACAGUAAAAUCUUGAGAACACAUUUUCUGAUCCAUAGGAAAAUCUGUGAGGAAAAACUGAUGGUUGGCUAAGAAGUAUGAAGGUUUACGAAUAAUCCCAUAAAAGCAGCUGCCUUUCAGAUACUAUUGCAGGUUGUUUGCAGUGGCUGGCCGAUUGCUGCGAAAAAGAAAAUGCAUUCAACAAGCAUAAUUUACUAAAUUUAGUUAUUUUCAAGGCAGGGACUGAGAACUGCUUGCAGCAGCCUUAAUUUUGUGUUGUCAGUAUUGUUCAGGAGCUGAAAGCCUUUCAGCCUCUGUAUGCUGUUUUCUCUCCUUCCCUCCUUCAGGCUGUCUAGUUUGAUCACUGGGGACUUUGCCUGCCCAGCUUUGUUUUAGAGCUGUGCAGAGUACACACGGUGUUGCAGCAGCCUGACAGGAACCAUUUGCAGUCAGUCAUGCACACACAUGCUCCAGGUUUUGGCUCCUUUGCCAGAAACAGCAAGAAAGCCACAUGUGACUGAAGUCAAGCCAAGGAUUACAGUCAAAAGCUGUCUUUGGAAUUAACUGGGCAGGGAUCGUUUGAACUACACCAUGGAAAAAUCUGGCUCACUUUGCUGACCCUGGGGUAUGCAAAAGGGACAGUCCUUGAAGAAAGGAACAAUUUUGGACUGAUUUUAUUCUGACAGGAGAGAUCCCUGCCUUUCUCCCAUGACUUCUACAUAAGCAAAGUGGUUUUCCUCCUCCCACAGUAGUAGCAUCUUAUAAUCUAAAUGCACGCCCGUAAUGUGUCCUCAAAACCAGGAGGUUGUGCCAGUCACUCUUUUACCACAAAAUGCCAUGCUUACAGGCCUGACUCUUUUACCACUCUGUAGCCCUAAACACUACUACAGGCCUUUUUGCUUUAUUUGAAGACCUGCAUCACCUUUUUUGCAAAGCAGUAGGUGCCAUUAAACUUCCAUUCUUCAUUAUUCUAGAAGUAGAUUUGCCUGGUGCAAAGUUUGGAGUCUGGAAGUGGUCAGGAUCAAUAUGUAGCAAUAGGCGAAGCUAUCAGCUUCUGGUUUUGGCAUCAGACAUGUCGUUCCUCCUUCGUAAAAGUGUUGCAAAUUUUGAAGUGUAGCUUUUGUAAAUUUUCCUGAAUUUUUGUUUUUCACUGUGAAGAGGCUGGUUACUGAGUUGUGAUACUGAAGUUCUGUGAUAGAGUGUGUGGACAGCAGUGGCGAGCAGCAGUGAGCUCACGUCACUGCAUGGUUUCAUGGUGUCAGUGCUGUGUUGGCAGCCCUUCCUGGCUGGCUGGCUUGGUUGCUUUGCUGUGUAUCUAUGUCUUGCUAUGUUAUUCCUAUACAGAAACCUGGUCAGCAUUGGAAAAGCCUCCCCAUUUCACCAGACCAAUUUUGAAAGGCAUUUUAUACAACUUUUACAAAUAAAGACAAAAUAAUGACA